CAAUAAUUUUUUUUUAUCUCAACACCACGGCCUUUUUUGAUCUUUCAUUUAGCAAUUCUAACAGUCAUGGAGAAGCGCUUGCAGGAGGCUCAGCUAUUCAAGGAGGAAGGGAACCAGCGCUACCGGGAAGGGAAGUACCGUGAAGCUGUGAGUCGGUACCAUCGAGCUCUUCUUCAGCUGCGGGGUCUGGAUCCAAGUCUGCCUUCUCCGAUACCCAAUCUAGGACCCGAGGGCCCAGCUCUCACGCCAGAGCAAGAAAACAUACUGCACACCACCCAGACAGACUGCUACAACAACCUAGCGGCCUGUCUCCUCCAGAUGGAGCCAGUGAACUACGAACGAGUGAGGGAAUACAGUCAGAAAGUCCUAGAACGACAACCUGAUAAUGCCAAGGCCUUGUAUCGGGCUGGAGUUGCCUUCUUCCAUCUGCAGGACUAUGACCAGGCUCGGCACUACCUGCUAGCUGCUGUCAGUAGGCAACCUAAAGAUGCCAAUGUCCGGCGGUAUCUCCAGUUGACACAGUCAGAACUCAGCAGCUAUCAUAGGAAAGAGAAACAACUGUAUCUGGGCAUGUUUGGUUAAGGAAGAGAAAAGAUGUUUCUUCACUUGAAUUCAAGUGGACCGCUAAAGACCCAUCAAGAGAAACCUGAGCCUCAGCAAGAGAAGUUCAUUCACCCUUUACCUCUAACCCAGGUGGAUUUCGAAUUUUCCUGUUCUGCACAUGCUCUUUAUUAAUUAGAUGUCUGCAUCUAUUGUUGUUUAUCCCCCAGUAUAUUUGUAUGACUUGCAAUCCAUAUUAUUGCCUUGAGAAAUAGACUAGAAAGCAUUCAUCCACUGUGGGUGGAAUCAACUAUAUUUGUGGUAUAGAUUUAAUGAGGUGUUAUUAGAUGUUUUCAGAUACAGAGGGCCAGUAAAGGAUAAAAUAGUAUAAGGACAGGCAGAAAGGACUCUUUUGCUGUUUCCUCAGAUGCUUUUGUUUUUCCCAGUGGGAAAUAUAUAUUGUGAAACUAGAUAAUAUAAAUUGAGCCCAAGUAUAUUUACAUUAAAGAUCUGAAAUUAAUCAUUUUGGGGAUGAAGAUGUAGCUCAGUGGUAGACUGUUUGUCUAACAUGGACAACGCCUUGGGUUUGAUUCCCCAGUGCUGCAAAAAUUAAGUCAAUUUCUUUUUGUUGUUGUUGAUGUUUUUGGUUUUUUGUUUUUUUUUUUUUUAGACAGGGUGUCUCUGUGUAGCCUUGGCUGUUCUGGAACUGUAGACCAGGCUGGCCUCAUACAGAGAUCCACCUGCCUCUGCUUCCUGAGUGCUGGGAUUAAAGGCAUGUGCCACCACUGCCAAGCUCUUUUCUGUUUCCCCCCCUCCUGGUAAUUUCUAGUUCUUGAUAUUGCUUAUACUCAGAUCAUUAACAUAGUAUAACUUAUUUAUUUGUCUAUAUUCUGUUUUAAAAUUUCUGAAGCAAAUGGUUAGAAUACAUGAAACCCUGUUUGGUGUUUGUUUUUUUUUUUUUUUAAUUAAAAAAUGCUUCUGGAGUAAAGCAUUUCGUGAUGGGAGAUGUCAUUCUGUAAAUGUGUUUCUCUUGGUUAAUGCUUAAAGCACAGUUGGCAAAUAGGAAGGAAAGAUAGGCGGGAUUAGGAGACAAGGAGGAUUAUAGGAGAUGUAGUAGGGAAGAUUCAAGAUGUAGAGACUUGAGGGAAGAGGUCUGGACCCUCUCUCCAGUAAGAUAAGACCAUGUGGAAACACUUAUAUUAAUAGAAAUGGGUUAAUAUUUAAGACAGAGCUAGCCAACAGCUUUAUAUCUAAUACAGUGUCUAUGUGUGUGAUUUGGGGCUGAUGCGGCUGUGGGACCAGGCUGGCGGGAAAACUGCUCGUAACACACUUAGGUAGUUAAAAGUAAAAUAACUCUCUGUCCUCGUGCUAAAAAGGAACCCAAGUGCUAAUGAGCUUUUUUCUGGGUGUGUAUGUAUGUGUAUUCCUGGAAUUUGAACCUAUCUUGCACAUGCUAGGCAAGCAGCCUAUCAUUAAGCUACAUAGUCAGUCCCAAAGUGGUUUUGUUUGGUUUUGUAUUUUGGACAAAAUUUCUCUGUGUAGCCCUGGCUAUCCAUGUUUUAAUUCUUAAUAGAUGCAUUUCUGAAGUGUGUCCAUUUUUCUGAAAGACAUUACAGUGUCUUCUUGAAAGAAUAUAAUAAAGCAUGAUAGAAACCCAA